GCGGCGGAACGUGGACAUCUUCGCGCUACAUUAGAGCUUGCUAAUGUGUAUAACCGAGGCUUUGGCACUUUAAGGGAUAAACAUAAAACUUUAUUGGCUGAGAUUUUAAAAGCAGCGAUUCUCUACGUAGUUAAUACAUCAAUACCUGUCAUCUAG